CAGUCCUGUCUGAAAGCUUUCUUAUUGAAACUAUUAAAGGCUAUAAAAGGAACUCCAAAGAGUCAGUGUACACGUCCCUUGCAAGCAACAAGAUAACUGAGAGCUACGAGGGGAUGCCGAGGAACUCUACGGCAUGCUGUGUCCCUUCCUAUGUGCAGCCUUUUGGGAAUGUGCUGUGAUUCACGGAGUCUGAAACAACAGGCCCCUGGACAUUUCUGAGUCACCCUACGCUGCACUCCGAGGACAGCUGGGUAUCGCCCUUUAAGAAGCAGCAAGCCCCAUCCCCUGAAGAACACGGAACUCCAUUUCCCAGAGCUCCUCAUACUCUUUCAGGGCCUUUAAUCUGUCAGGAACGACCUACGUCCUGAAUCCGCGCAAUAACGGCGUUGAAACUACAUUACCCGGAAGCCCGUGCGGCGUAGCCAAGGGCCGUUUUCGAGAGUGCGCGUCUCGUGGGGGCGGGACUUCCGGCGGCGCCUUUGUGGUGUCUGAGUUCUCUGCCGUUCCCGGGACUGUUCCGUGGGUUAGUGCGUCCGGAAUUUUCAGUCCCGACCGACGUGAAUGGAAAGCGCGAAAAGAGGGCCUGUUCCCGCCGCAGUGGCGGCUGCGAGGCGCCCUCGCCCCCGUCCGGUCGCCCGCCGCGUCCCGCCCCGUUCUUCCCACUGGUCGGAGGCCGAGGCCGCGCCGGUGAAGCCGGCGCAGGGGUUUGUGGUUUUUACAGACGUGGCCGUGCGCUUCUCCCAGGAGGAGUGGGGGCUCCUCGAUGAGGCUCAGAGACGCCUGUACCACAGUGUGAUGCUGGAGACCUUUGCACUUUUGUCAUCACUAGGGUGGCCCGUUCCAGCUCCCAUGUAA